AUGUCCCGUGCAUCAGCCCUGUGCUUUGGACUGCUGGUGGCUGUCGGCGAAGCGGUGCUGUUCGCCAAGAUGGAGAAAUAUCGUCAAGACGACUGCACCGGUACCAUGUACGAUGUCGACCUCGAUGCCAGCGGUGAAUGCCUCCCGGCAAACAACGAGAGAUACAUCUGCAACGCCACCGGGGUACUCUAUGAAAAGUUCAACUCCUCCGGAUCAAACUCCGACUGCAGCAACGCGCUUGAAUGGGGGGAUUUCUAUCCGUUCAACAGCUGCAGUCAGGGAUACAGGUACUUGGACUGCGUGGACCUGCCGGCGGUGACCCUGGAGACCUUCACGGAUACGACCUGCACGACCAAGGAGGGGGAAAGUAUCCAGCCCAUCGUGGAUUGCACGCUCAUCGACGGGGCUUGGAUAAAGUCUGAGUACGAGGGCGGAAACUUCACGUACUCCGCGCACAACUCCAGCGAUUGUACGGGCGACGCAUUGAUGAGCACCACCAUUCCUUGUGGGAGCAUCUGUACGCCGGCCAUGGGGGUAAGCGCGAAGAACCUCAACGCGUGUCCGACUACUUCUACGACCCAGUCGACCACCACGACCACCACGACGACCACGACGACCGGGACGAAUGGAACGGCCACGACCUCCGCGGCCACGACCUCCGCGGCCACGGGCAUUCUGGGCCUCUCUUGUUUCACCGCUAGCGUGCUAGUGGUAGUGGGCUUGCUUUGA